UAUAAUUUGUUUUUUCUUGGGGCGGCCCCUGGAUUGAGAGUUUGAGAUUGGCGCUUCUCUCACAAUAGUGUGAGUAGUUGAGUUCGUUACUUAGCACACAACACAACCAAACCCUAAAACACUUGCGGAAAAUGGAAGAAAACGACAGAAGAAUCCUCGAGAGGGAGAUGUAUCAAAUCGAGCAGAUUCGCCAGCUCGAUCUCGAGGAAUUGCAGGUCGAAGAGGUUGACGAUUUCCAAAAUUCUUCCGACGACGACGAUAACAACAACCACCGUGAUCCUACUCAUGGCUAUGACAGCACAGGCAUCCUGGGUGAAUUCACUUACAAUAUUUGCGUAGCAUCCUUACAUUCAUAUCUGGGUGAUGUUGAAGACACACACCACAGGACAGCUUUCUUGGAUGGUGGGGCUGUAUUGAACCUUCCACUUUUCUGUCUUCAAGGAGUUGUACUCUUUCCUGGGGCUACUCUUCCCCUGAGAGUUAUUGAAUCCAAUUUUGUGGCUGCUGUUGAGAGAUCUUUGAGUCGAGUUGACGUUCCUUACACCAUUGGUGUGAUUCGAGUUUACAGUGAUACUGCAAAUCAUAGCAUGAAAUCCGCAAGCAUUGGGACAACUGCAGAGAUUCGGCAAUAUGGGCGCCUAGAGGAUGGUUCCCUGAAUGUGGUUACUCGUGGACAGCAGCGAUUUCGCUUAAGACGGUGUUGGAUCGACGUGGAAGGAGUGCCUUAUGGAGAGAUCCAAAUUAUUGAGGAGGACAUACCAUCGCGAACUCCAAGAGAUGCUUUUGGAAAAUUAACACCUCUAAGUAAUCUGCCUCGUAACCGUGCCACCUCAAGCAUGUUGCCGUUGAAGUAUUCUGUUGAAGUACGUGGUUCCAAAAAUGAGGAGAGUGAUUCAGAAGAGAACUUUGAGAGGGAACUUUCAUCAGCAGAGAGGAGAAUCCAUCAAUCGCUCAUUGGUUCCAGUUAUGAACACGACUUAAUUGAUGAAUCGGCAAGCAGCAGUGAUGAUAGAUUCACAUACGAGUCAGAUCAGGAACUUAGAUCCAGUCUAAAUGACCCAGACACUUCAAUAUCAUUGCUACCUGAUCAUGAAAACGAUGCGGAAAAUCUAGAUUCUAGAAUUGGGAACUGUUCCUCUUCUGGAAAACAGUCCUCCACAAGAGGACUUAAUUGGUGUUCUAAAAAUAUAGACCCCUACCCCUCACGUAGAAUUUCAAGAGCAUUCAUGCCUGGUUGGGUGUAUUGUAUGUUUGACUCCUAUUGGCUUGCACAACGGGCUGCAGAUAUGUGGAAGCAAAUCGUUGGUGCACCAAGCAUGGAUUCUCUUGUUAAGAAGCCUGAUGUUUUAUCAUUUUCUAUUGCCAGUAAAAUACCUGUUUCUGAAUCUACAAAGCAGGAGCUUUUGGAUAUUGAUAGGAUCCCAUAUAGACUGCGAAGGGAAAUUGAACUACUAGAAAGCAUUGAUCUAAUUCGAUGUAAAAUCUGCCAGAUUAUAAUCGCAAAGCGAAGUGAUAUGCUGGUGAUGUCUAGUGAGGGUCCUGUUGGUGCAUAUGUAAAUGCAACUGGUUACGUGCAUGAAGUAACGACUUUGUACAAGGCAAAUGGGUUAGCUCUAACUGGGCCAGCAUUUACAAAAUACAGUUGGUUUCCGGGGUAUGCAUGGACAAUUGCUAACUGUGCCACUUGUGAAACCCAUAUGGGGUGGCUUUUUACAUCCACAAACAGAAAAGUGAAACCUAAGUCAUUUUGGGGUAUACGUAACUGUCAAGUUGCAGAUGAAAUGCGCUAAAACCUUCAAUCGUGUUGCAAUUGCCCCCUUGUUUAAUCCUUAUACACUCACCCAUUUCUCCAACUUACAGUGGAAAUCUGAAAGUCCAUUUUCAUAGUGCAGUAUAAAUGCUGAUGAUACAGGUAUAUAUGUAUUAUUACUUGCCUUUUAUACAGCUGCCAAAAAGUAAAAAAUGCCACACGAAGGCAAUGAAAGAUGCAAUAUUUUUAUAACUCCUGCAAUAAAAUGCCACACUAUGAAUGUAAGAUCCAUAUUCAUAGUGCAGCAUAAAUGCUGAUACAAUAUUUAGUAAGUCGAUUUUAGUAAAUUCAAUUCAUUGAGACUAGCUUUCAAAUGUAAGGAUUAGGCUGGAUUUAUGCAUGGUUAUUGGAUGGACAAUGAUUCAAUGGAUUAUUUUGUUACUCGAGAUUACAUACAAGAGUCGACAUUGAAUUCUUGGAAUGCAUCAAAAGGAAAAGUAAAGGCUAAAUUACCUGAUA